AGGGACCCGUUUUGUUUUGUUUUGUUUUGUUUUGUUGGGAAAACGCCGCUGAGAAAACUUCGCGAGCAAAGAGAGCUUGAAAUCCGGCGGGAGUUUCUAACUCGCUGAUGAUACCUAGCAGCCGCCGGAGAGAUUGCGGUCUUAAUAUGGGGGAUGUCAAGCUGGUAUCGACUCAGAUCUCCAAAGCCACCUUGACUUUGAACCAUUCUUCUCUAAGAACUCCCACUGCAACAGAAGCACCAGCAUUUAUUCUACCUCCGCGAAAUAUCCAGGUGCCAUUUGGAGGCACAGCAAAAUUUGAAGGACAGGUGAGAGGCAACCCUGAACCUCAGAUCACGUGGUACAGAAAUGAGCACCUUGUCACAGGAGAGCGCUGUGUAGCAGAUUGCAGCAUCCGAGGGAUUUUCAGCUUGAUGAUUAAAGGGGUGAAGGAGGAAGAUGGUGGUCUGUAUACAUGUCAGGCCAGAAAUGCUGGUGGGAUUCGCCAGGUGACUGUGGAAUUGACAGUGGAAGGAAAAGUUUUGAAGAAAUAUAACUUGCCUUCCAGUUCCAAAAGUUCUGGGGGUCAGUCUGCUGUUCUACCUAUAGAACAACGGCCAAGCAUCUGGGGUGAAUGUCCACCCAAGUUUGCUACAAAACCCAACCGGGUUAUUGUACGAGAAGGACAGAGUGGUAAAUUUUCCUGUAAGAUAACAGGGCGACCUCAGCCUCGGGUCAUCUGGUUCAAGGAUGAAAUUCCGGUGCAGAAAAAUGAUCACUUUAACAUGUUUGAGAAAGCAGGCAUCCAGUUUUUGGAAAUCCAAAAUGUUCAGCUGGCUGAUGCUGGAAUUUACACUUGUACCUUGAUGAAUAAUGCUGGGAAGGCUUCUGUGACUGCAGAACUAAUGGUUCAAGGUUCUCUAAAAAGGGAUGCAUGUUCUCAACCUUUUUGCACAUCAGUAAAUCCCAGUGCCUCUACAAAAUCCACCAUUAUUACCAAAGCUUUUGAAACCUCAGAGAUCAGAAAACCCACUAGCAAUGGGAUAGUUAAAGACCUCAAAUCAACUACGACAGAGCUUUUGCUAGAAUCCAAAGAAAGGCCAUUGGUGAAGAGAGAAAUUCACCUUGCUCCAUCCAAAGUAGCGAAAGAGACUCAAUUACAACAAGUGAAGGAACCCAUCAGAGAGCCACCUAAAGAAGACAAGAAAGGCCAACAGGUUCUGCAGAAAACAUCAAGCACCAUAACUCUUCGCUCUGUGAAAAUACAGCCCAGACCAAAGGCAGAAUUGAAGGCAGCUUCCUCUGAACUGGAAGUUAAUGGAGAAAAAACAAAGCAAUUACUGGCAGCAGAUUGCCAGGCUGCUUUGUCUACCAGGCCAGAUAAUCUGACCCCUGAAGAAUCGGAAAAUCAUGUUGAGUUAAAGAAGAGUGCAGCAGAAAUAAAGAUUCAGAGAAUCCCUCCGCAAUUUGAGUGUCGGCCUCAAAGCCAAGAAGCAUUAGAAGGAGAAGUGAUUACAUUUAGAUGCAGAGUUUCAGGGAAACCCCAGGCAACUGUUGAAUGGUUCAAAGAAGGAGCCCUCCUGGAAACGGGAGACAGCAUCCUGAUCUAUGAAGAAGAUGGAGUCCAUUGUUUAUGCCUGAAAAAAACUCAGCUGGAAGACAGUGGAUUUUACUCUUGCAAAGCUUUCAAUCCUGGAGGUCAAGCUUCAACCAGGUGGCUAUUAACAGUAAAAAGGCCUAAACUGAAGGAGGUACCUCCCCAUUUUCUCCGGGUCUUGAAAUCCUGCCGUGUGAGUGAAGGGCAGGAUUUUACACUUCGGUGCUCAGUUGAGGGGAUACCUGUUCCUCAGAUCACCUGGCUCCUUAACGAUCAACCAAUUCAGUAUGUGUGUUCUGACUUUGACGAUGGAAUUGCAAAAUUGACUAUUCAAGAUGCUUUACCAGAAGAUGAUGGAGUAUAUACGUGUCUGGCAGAAAAUGCUGCUGGAAAAGCUUCCUGCUGUGCUCAGGUUACUGUUAAAGAAAAGAGGAGCAGAAUUAAACUAGAAAGUGCACAGACAGUUACAGCCAAUAAAACGUUUCCUCCAAUCCUCCUGAAAGGCCUAAGUGAUCUCAAGGUAAUGGAUGGGAGCCAAGUGAUUAUGACAGUAGAGGUUUCAGCUAAUCCACCUCCCGAAAUAAUUUGGCUUCACAAUGGUAAAGAAAUCCAGGAAACAGAGGAUUUUCACUUUGAGAAGAAAGGCAAUGUGUAUCGCCUCUGUAUCCAAGAGGUAUUUCCUGAGGACACAGGAGAAUACACCUGUGAGGCCUGGAAUGACUUGGGAGGAAUUCAUACUGAAGCAACCCUGACUGUACAAGAACCUCAGGAUGGUAUUCAGCCAUGGUUUAUUAGCAAACCACAGUCAGUGAGAGCAGUAGUGGGGCAGAACGUUAUUAUUUCCUGUGCCAUUGCUGGAGAUCCAUUCCCCACAGUUCAUUGGUUCAAAGAUGGAGAGGAACUAACAACAGAAGCAGGCUAUGAAUUCCUACAAAAUGAAGACAUCUUUACCUUGAUUAUAAGGAAUAUUGAACCUUGUCAUGCUGGCCAGUAUGAAAUACAACUCAGAAACCCAGUUGGAGAAUGCAACUGUCAGGUAUCUUUGACGCUGGGAGAAAAUUCAUUUUCCAAAGAAGGAACGCAAAAAAAUGGGAGGCAGAAAGUACGACAAGAGGCUGAUUGUGGAGAGGAUGCACUGACAUUCAGAAACAUCAGUGGCUCCUUCAAGAGGAAUACUGGGGAAGGCCAGCAAGUUGAGGAAGAGCAGGAAAGUGUCCGUGGAGUGCUUAAAAGACGAGUAGAAACCCGAGAGAGCACAGAGGAGAAGCUAAGGCAACAGGAGGCUGAGCAGAUUGACUUCCGGGACAUUUUGGCAAAGAAAGUUAACACCAAAACUUUUUCUGAGGAGGAGUUGAAGGAUAUCCCAGCCAAACAAAUGGACUUCCGUGGUACCCUGCAACGGCAGGUCAAGCCGAAAACCUUGUCAGAAGAAGAAAGGAAGGUCCAUGCUCCACAACAGGUAGACUUUCGUGGAGUAUUGGCAAAAAAGGGCACUCCCAAACCUUCCUUACCAGACAAGGCAGCAGGUUCAAAGCCAAGCACCCCAGAUUUUAGAUCUGUGCUUGCUGCAAAGAAAAAAACACCAACUGAAAAUGGUGGCCCUGGGACUCAAGUCCAGAAUGUGAAUGCCAACUCUGAAGUGCAGAAAUCUAGUGCCACCAAUAAAGUGCCAGAUAUCAGCAUCACCUCUAAAAAUCCUGUGACAUCCAAGAAGUUGGACGCUGUCAAUGCUACUUCUAAACUGCCAGAGACCAGCACUGUUUUGGAGUCCCAGGAUACCAGCUCUAGGCAUAAAAUACAGAAUGCUAGCACCAAGAAUGAAAACCAAGUUACUAACUCCAGCUCUGAAAUGUCACAUGUUAAAUCAAGGGAGAAAGAGAAUAAGAAUGACAGUAAUUGCAAAGGUGACUACCCACCAGAAGUAGAUGGACGGAUAACUGAAGAUAAAGGAAAAGAUAACAAAAUAGAGCCUGAGGGAAUAGCACCAUCCUUUACUGAAAAGCUACAGGAUACCAAAGUAGUAGAAGGUGAAAAACUGGUCUUGCAAUGUCAGGUAUCCUCAGAUCCACUUGCUACUAUCAUCUGGACUCUGGACGGCAAAGUCAUCAAAUCAUCAAAGUUUAUUGUUCUCUCCCAAGAAGGCUCAUUGUGCUCCCUGACCAUUGACAAGGCCUUUCCUGAGGAUGAGGGCCAGUACAAAUGCAUAGCUGAGAAUACUGCAGGAAAAUCAGAAUGCAUUUGCAGCGUCUUAGUGCAAGAGUCUUUAAAGUCAACGGAAACGAAGACCAAAAAGCCAAAGACUUCACUGGGUUCUGUGCAUGGAACAGAAAGUGAGGCAACUGUAAAGAAGAAACCUGCUCCAAAAACUCCACCCAAAGCAGCUCUUCCUCCUCAAAUUGUUCAGUUCCCAGAAGACCAGAAAGUAAGGUCUGGUGAAUCAGUAGAGCUGUUGUGCAAAGUAGCAGGAACCCCACCUUUAAUAUGUACUUGGAUGAAAUUUCGGAAGCAGCUCCAAGAAAAUGAACACAUCAAAAUUGAGAAUGCUGAGAAUAGCAGUAUGCUGACCAUCUCCUCCACAAAGCAGGAACAUUGUGGAUGUUAUACUUUAGUAGUGGAAAACAAGCUGGGUAGUAAGCAAGCCCAAGUUAACCUUACAGUUGUAGAUAAGCCCGAUCCUCCAGCAGGAACCCCCUGUGCAUCUGAUAUUCGGAGUUCUUCCCUCACCCUUUCAUGGUAUGGCUCUUCGUAUGAUGGUGGGAGUGCAGUGCAAUCCUACAGUGUGGAAAUAUGGGACACAGUGGACAAGAAAUGGACAGAUCUCACCACUUGCCGCAGCACUUCAUACAAUGCCCAUGAUCUUCUAGCUGACCGGGAGUACAAAUUCAGGGUGCGAGCUGCUAAUGUGUAUGGGAUAAGUGAGCCAAGUCAUGAAUCUGAGCUAGUAAAAGUAGGAAAGAAAGAAGAAGGCCCUAAAGAAGAAGAAGAAGCUGAAGGAUCUGAUGAUGAAGAGAAAGAAACAGAAAUUUAUUAUCGGACAGUAUCUAUCAAUACAGAACAAAAAGUUUCAGAAUUCUACCAUGUUGAAGAAAGAUUGGGAUCAGGUAAAUUUGGACAAGUUUUCCGGCUUGUUGAGAAAAAAGGUGGAAAAGUUUGGGCAGGAAAAUUUUUUAAAGCGUAUUCAGCUAAGGAUAAAGAAAACAUAAGGCAAGAAAUCAGCAUAAUGAACUGUCUGCACCAUCCAAAACUUGUCCAGUUGGUGGAUGCUUUUGAAGAGAAAGCUAACAUUGUCAUGGUAUUGGAAAUAGUCAGUGGACUUUCCCCUUUCAUGGGUGAUAAUGACAAUGAAACCUUAGCUAAUGUUACCUCAGCCACCUGGGAUUUUGAUGAUGAAGCUUUUGAUGAGAUAUCAGAUGAUGCUAAAGACUUCAUAAACAACCUUUUAAAGAAAGAUAUGAAGGACCGCUUGAAUUGUACUCAGUGCUUACAGCAUCCGUGGCUGCAAAAAGAUACCAAACACAUGGAAGCGAAAAAGCUCUCCAAAGACAGGAUGAAAAAAUACAUGGCUAGAAGAAAAUGGCAGAAAACAGGAAAUGCUGUUCGUGCCAUAGGAAGGCUGUCUUCUAUGGCAAUGAUUUCUGGCCUGAGUGGACGGAAGUCCUCUUCAAGUUCACCAACCAGCCCUGUUAAUAUGGAGAUUGAAGCUGGAGAUGAAACAGCCAGCUCUCUUUUAGAAGCAGUUGAUGAAGAAAGGUCUCAUGUGAAGCCCUAUUUCUCUAAAACAAUUCAAGAUAUAGAAGUUGUGGAAGGCAGUGCUGCUAGAUUUGACUGUAAAAUUGAAGGUUACCCUGACCCGGAAGUGAUUUGGUACAAAGAUGAGCAAUCUAUCAAGGAAUCCCGGCACUUCCAGAUUGACUAUGACGAAGAUGGCAAUUGCUCUUUGAUUAUUUCUGAAGUUUGUGGGGAUGAUGAUGCCAAAUAUACUUGCAAGGCAAUUAACUGUUUGGGAGAAUCAACUUGUACAGCAGAACUUAUUGUGGAAACGUUGGGGGAAGAAGAAGAGGAAGAAGAAGAAUGAAUCAACAGAAGAGGACAAAAAUCACUCAGUUGAAGACUCUUUAAUGCUCAUGUAGUAUUACACUAGGUUAUAGUUUUCUUGAUUUAUUUUAUCAGCAGUGUGGCUGACACCUGUUUUAUUUAUGGGCAUUAACUUGAAUUAACAAGCACUUUAGUUGGCUGUUGUGCUUGGAUUUAGUUUAAGUUAAAGCAUCAGUUGCAUAGCCCAGACAAUGAAUGUGAACACACCAUAUGAAGCUAAUCUGCUAGAAUCAACCAUUUCUUUCAUAAACGUAUGAUCAGGUUUGAGGAACUGGAUAAGUAUACUAAUUGUUUCAUCAAGCAAUAUAGCUAGCAAAAAUGCAUCUUUGGUGUCCUGUGACACCAUUGAAUUAUGUAUGAAUGAAGUACAUUUGGAGCAAUAAAAUUUUACCUGCAAGGGGCCCACUGGAAAUACAAGAGUACCACAGAAAGUUUCCUGAUACAAAAGAGACACCCGGUGGUUAAAAAAUAUGUACCUUCCUCAAAUUGAUUUAACACAUUCAGAUUUUUCCAUAUUGCUUUCCUUUCACAGCUGUCAUUCAGAAUACCUAACAGUAUCUGUCUACACUUAGUGUAUCAUUACAACUCUGUGGCUUUUCUCCACUACUUCUGCAAGAUGCAAAUAUUUUCAGCAUAACAUUGGCUUCAUUAAAGAACACAGAAAACAAAUUUUGCAUUAGCUUCUCAAGGCAGAAGAGGAAAAUUGACUAUACUUCAAUGUAGAUACAUAAAGUAUCUUUAGAACGUUUGAUCUUAUUACUGUAGUCUUACAUGUUCUGUAUUUGCUUGUCUGCCUGUUGGAAUGCAGAUAUUCAAAAUUCCAUUUAUGAUAUGUACUCACAUUUGCUGUGGGUUUUUUUUAUUACUGCUUUCGCUGUUUCUUAGUUAUCAGCAUGUCCUCUUUUUAAGUGGAUGAGAAACUUUUGUUAUAAUAAAACACAGUCAUUGCCAGUUUGCCACACAUUGUUAUAAGGCAAUUUUAAUAUUAUUUAGUGCAUACAAGGCAUUUUUUCACAUGUUUUCAAUGUGUUAAGAAAACAACGGGGUGUAUUUUUGUAUAUCUUAAUUAAAAAAAUAUGCUAAUGUU